CCGGAGGCGGGCCGGGGCCGCUCCGGGAGGAAGGCGGGGAGCAGGUUAUGUGGGAGGUGGCGGGGGCGCUUGCCGGCGACGCCGAGCGCGGGCCGGAAGUGGGGUCGCCGAGCGCCACGCCGCAAGAGCUCCGGCCAGACCGUGGCGACGGCCGCCGCGGCCCCUCGGCUGGCGGGGGACGAUGAGGAGCGAGGGGAGUGGCGCGGGGCGACGCUACUGCGCGGCGCCCGGUUUCGUGGCCGCGGCCGACUGCGCAGCCCGCCCGCGACCCUGAGUCUGAAACUGUAAAACCAGGACCUUCUGCCGAAAUCCCUUGGGAUGGUGGAAUUCUUUUCACGUCGUGAACUACACGUGUUUAGGAGCUCUCCGGAGAUUCCAACAACUCCGUAACGCUGGGGACUUUCGGAGAGCGAUCAUGGAAAAGUCCUGGAUGCUGUGGAACUUCAUCGAAAGAUGGCUGAUAGCCUUGGCUUCCUGGUCUUGGGCUCUCUGCCGCAUUUCUCUCUUACCGUUAAUAGUGACUUUUCAUCUGUACGGAGGCAUUAUCUUACUUUCGUUAAUAUUCGUGUCAAUAGCAGGUAUUCUCUAUAAAUUCCAGGAUGUGUUGCUUUAUUUCCCAGAACAGCCAUCCUCUUCACGCCUUUAUGUCCCCAUGCCCACAGGCAUUCCACAUGAAAACAUUUUCAUCAGAACCAAAGAUGGAGUACGACUGAAUCUUAUUUUGAUAAGAUACACUGGAGACAGUUCGCCCUACUCCCCAACUAUAAUUUAUUUUCACGGGAAUGCAGGUAACAUAGGGCACAGGUUACCAAACGCAUUGCUCAUGUUGGUUAACCUCAAAGUGCAUCUUCUGCUGGUUGAUUAUCGAGGAUACGGAAAAAGCGAAGGGGAAGCCAGUGAAGAAGGACUCUGCUUAGAUUCGGAAGCUGUGCUUGACUAUGUGAUGACCAGACCCGACAUUGAUAAAACGAAAGUUUUUCUUUUUGGCCGUUCCUUGGGGGGGGCGGUGGCUAUUCAUUUGGCUUCUGAAAAUUCACAUAGGGUUUCAGCCAUUGUGGUGGAGAACACGUUUUUAAGCAUACCGCAUAUGGCCAGCACUUUAUUUUCCUUCAUCCCAAUGCGUUACCUCCCUUUGUGGUGCUACAAAAACAAAUUUUUGUCCUACAGAAAAAUUUCUCAGUGCAGAAUGCCUUCGCUUUUCAUCUCCGGGCUCUCUGACCAGUUAAUCCCGUCAGUGAUGAUGAAGCAGCUCUAUGAGCUCUCCCCAGCUCGGACUAAGAGACUGGCCAUUUUUCCGGACGGGACUCACAAUGACACGUGGCAGUGCCAAGGUUACUUCACUGCGUUUGAGCAGUUCAUCAGGGAAGUCGUCAAGAGUCACUCUCCUGAGGAAGUGCCGAAAACUUCAUCCAAUGUGACGAUUAUAUAGUGUCUCUCUUGGGCUGAUGCGUUGUAUUUUAAUUUGUGCAGAAGGGUAAAGAAUGUUCCUUCCCAGAAGCGCGUUAUGUUUUACUUGUCUGAAAGUGACAUUAAACUUAAAAAGCACCACGGUGCCCCUUUAUGGUGAUCCAGAUCGCUUUUUACAUGUGAAGAACUAUAAUUCUUGGGGUUCUUUCAUACAUUUUCAUCAAAACUUUGAAUGUGGGUGUGUAUCCAUAAUUUUAGUUUAAUAUGUCAGUGUAAUAGAGAUUAUUCAAAAGUCUCUUGUUGCUUAAGUGGUAUAAUCUGCUACACUUAGGUGCAUAGCUGGGUGUGGAAGGCGAUGUGUAAACAAGAAACCUUUGGGUGUAAUUCCUUUAGUAAAUACUGGGACAAUCAUGGUAAGCAAACUUAGUUCUAUAACUGUAUUUUUCACCUUACAAGUUAAAAUGAAAUGCAUGAUGGUAUUUUAUUCUUGACUUAUGCAAUGCAGCAUUUUUAAUGUAAAUAGCACUGGUCAUAGCCCAAUGUAUAUGGGUACCUGGGUUAUAUCUAUUUUUAUGUAAACUAUUUUGGUUUUGGCAGGAAAUGAAAUGAGGCCUGUGCGCAGGUUGCCAUUAAAUUUGUUCUGGUGAAUGCUGAGAUCCUGCUUUUUCUUACAAAUAAAGGGGACCCUGUUUUCCAAUAUAAAUGUACCAUGUUUCUUAGGAGAUGCAGUCUGGAUCAUUGCAGAUAGAAACCGAAACUUAGAAUUUAUUGCAGCUUUCUGUGCACAUUUUUAACAUUUGUAAUUUUGAUGGCAAAGAGAAUUUUAGCUUCUGUGAGUUUUGUAAGUCUCCAGCUAAAUCGCUAGUAGGGGUCAUAGUGAAAAACUUGCUUAAGACUUCAGUUAGGGAGACUUAUUACAUGCCUGUGCAUACCAUUUCAGCAAUUCUCACAUUUGACUUUUAAAUUCCAGUACCUAGGAUAUUCCUAACCCAUGAAAGGCCAAGAGAACAUUUAUUGGACUUUUUGAAGAUAAAUAAAAGUUACAAAACAAAAGAAUGUGGUUAGCUUAAUGUUCCAUUUGCUAUGAACUAGAGCUACAUCAAAAGACAGCUUUAGAAAGUCUUAUAUUUUUGUGUUUGAAUUUUUUACAUGUGAGAAUGAAGGAAGUCUAGAGCUUUUUGGCACAACUUAUGACCACAUCUAACAAUUAAAUGGCUAUAGGUGGGAAGUAUUUAGAUACACAGAAAAGUAAGAAAAAUCUUACAAAGAGAAGUCCCUUAAACCUUGAAGGAUUUACCUUAAUAAAAUAUGAGCUACAAGGUAGAAUUGUGCCAGGUUGUUUCAAGCAGACUUCAAAACCUGGGUGUCACUGAGCUCUGCAUUAUGAUGUCCGCGCUAACGUGAUAUCUUAAUAUUUUAGCUGUCUUUGUUGGGUUUCUGCAGGCAGCUAGAGCAGAGAAACAAGGAGUCAGUAAUCUUGACCUUAAUUUAAAACUUUUUCUGUGGAGGUAGGGCUAGAAAUACUUUUGCCAAAUAGCAUCUUUAUCAUUCACUUUAUGCUAGUAUUUAGAAAAAAAUAAAUUAUAACAAGAAUAAUUUCUAAAGAUUAAUGGUUUUCUAUAAAUUAUUAAUUGUAAAAAGUCUUUUUAAAAAGAGUUGGUAAUGCAUAUCAUGGAAGGUGUAUUUUGUAUGUAUAAAUUCACAACAAUUAAAGGCUACUUUUUAUCUUGUCAACAUUGCUAUGUGGAAUGACUGGUAAAUAGUAAUGUAUUAAAAAACCCUAACAACAAAAUGUAUAUUUAGACAUGAGCUUUCUUGGCACACAUACUUGUAUCAGUUUUUAAAGUUUACAAAAUACUGUUACGUUUUCACAGAUCAUUUAGUCCCCAGCACUGUGGAAGGAUUUAUCAACUUCAGUUGUAAACAUGCUGAUGAAGUAUAGAAUCUUCCUCUUUGUCAGCAUUACUUUAUGCUGCUUUUUUCUCUCCCCCCCCCGCUCCAGGCUUGAGGCUUAUGAUCCUGUUCCCCCUUUUCUUUUAAGCCAGAACUUCAGAAGUUGUAGAGCACUGUGUUUUUCACUCUCCACCUUCAUUCUCCUCUUCAGGGCCUCUGCCUCUGCUGCCUUCUGUGUUUGAGGCUUUCCUGAGAGGAGCAGGUGGAAAGCAAGUUCAUGCUUCAGGGCCUUGAAGCCCAUGGCUUAAUGUUUGAAAGCAUCUCUGAUUUUGCGGUCGGGGCAUUUGGUCUUGGUACAGCAUGACUCCUGUAUGAGUCACACCUGUGUGCCAGCCUGUCUCUAGUUGGAAGGGAAGUGUAUCCGUCUGGAUUGCUGAUCUGUGGCCCAUUUAUACAGCAACAGCCAGAGAAGUUCCUAAGUGAAUUGUAAAUUAUUAAGCUACUAUCAAUUUAGAAAUACUUAGAUCUUAAAUAUGACAAGAUAAACUCAUUGAGGAAAAAAAUCCAUUAUUUUGAAGACAAUUAUGGGGGGCAGAGAAGACUGAUUUUUUUAAAAGGAGCUAAAAGUGCUACCAACUAAGGGAGAAAAUAAUUCGUAACCAGUAAAACAAUACUAAUAGCAUAGAAACAACCAGACGAGAAAUGUGAGGUAGCCAGCCUUAGGAGGAGUGACCGGUGAAAUUGGUGAAAAGAUAACUGCAGAACAGCUUUGCACGCAAAGCCUUUCUAACAAGGGGAGUGACUGAGGAUCUGCCAUUGCAUCUACCUUAUGGCUUUGCAGUUAGGUAACACGAUCGUUUCACUAAGUACUGUUCCGAAUUUUGUCACGGAGAAGCUUAAAUUUGUGAUGAGCUGUAAUUACACAACUCAGCUGUGGCAGUGUGUCACUGGAGUAGGUAGAGUGCAGUGCUUAUUUCUGAGAAUUCCUACCAUCUGAUGUUUAUUCACUCCUCUGUUAAGAUUCGGCUUGGGUGCGUGUCGGUUUGGUGGAAUGAAGAAUGAAGGCCGUAUUUGUUGGAUUUCAUGUAAAUGAUCUUGCAAGCCUAAGCAGCAUGGUGGUUUGUGUCUGUGACUCCUUUCCCUCCUCAGGGUGGGAGUGAAUACAUGAUCUGUGAGAAGGAUGCUGCAGGAGUCACUUUUUCCUUUUGGUCAUGCUUCAGACACUGAAAUCCUCCGUUCAUCUUCCUCUCCUUUUUCCUAUUGUGUUUGAUAAUUGUGGAAUAACAACUGUGAAAGGAAAAAUUAGUUACAAGUAACCCUUUUGGAUUAUUCACUUAAAUUUGUGUAUUUUCAUAUUACUCAGGUAAAGUUGGAAAUGACAGAGCACAGACAUCUAUUUUUAAAACUGAUAGAGUAGAAAAUGGAAAGUACUUCUGUUUAUUCUUCCUGCCAUAUGCACACAUCACCUUAGCUAGUCAGAAAUAAUAAUAUAUUCAUUUGUAUGAUGAAAUAAAUAGUUGUCGUAAUUCUAGUGGAUACAUUUUUGCCAAGUGGCACAAAUAUACCUCCAUUUAUAUUUUGUAUCUUAAAAAUGUAGUUUAAAAAUAGGACUGUAUAAGCGCCACUUUUUUACAAAAAGUGCCGUAUAUACAUAUUUAACGGGUGUGUGUUGAACAUAAUUUAUAGUAUAAUUUCUGUCAGUACAGCAUAUACUGAAAAUUCAAGUUUUCAACAUACCCAAGUACAUUCAGGAUAAAGUAAAUUGAUCAAACCUAAUAAUGUAAAUCACUUGUUAUUUGUCAUAUUUUAUUUGAAAUCGUAAUACAGUUUUAUAACUCAGAUUUGAAUGUCAUCAUACAUUGUAUGCUGUCCAUGGCAAGCAAACAUUUACAUUUUUUUUUACUAUAAAUUUCUUUUAAAAUAUACUUUGUAUUUUCUGUAGUGACAUAUGCAAUAAAUUGAUACAUUAAAAGUUUGAUUAAUGUCAAAACAGUUUGUAUUCAAUCUUUUAAAAAUUUUUCUGUUAUUGUGAAAUCUAUCAUAGGACAUUAAAGUUUCUUCUAAUUGUUAAAA